AGUGAUUGUCGAAAUAUAAUUUUAGCCGUUUACAUACUUUUGUAAUAUAAUAUUUUAGUCAUAUUUUAAAUACUUUUUACCCAAAUAUUGAACCAUGUUUUGCCCUCACAAGAAUUCUUAUUUACAACUCGUUUGCGAGAUGAACCCCCGCGUCGUCAACAAAGCCGUUGACCAAGCCAUGGAGAGAAAGGAAUUUGAUCCCCACACAGAGCGACCAGCAGCUCAGCGGCUGGAAUCUAUGCAGCCAUCACUGUACGCGCCCCACGUGGACAUAACCCGCGCCGCCCUCGGGUUUGGUCGACUUGGACUGCGACUUAUCAACAGACAACUACAUUCUCCUGACCAUCUAACGCAGCUGCAGGCUUUGCACAGCGUUCUGGAUCAGAUGCAAAUAUCUGAAAAUGCCUUAUACUUAAUAAGUAUCCAUCUGGUGUACCGGCUGAUAGAUCUGAUGAGAAACAGAAACCCCGUGAUCCGGGAGAAAGUCUGCAUGAUUUUAACCCUAACAGCAUCGUAUCAUCAGGGCAGAGAGAAAAUUAUGACCAGGCCGAUAAUUAUAAAAGAACUUUUGUGGCUCAUUGUAAGAGAUAGAAAGGAGAUACGUUAUGCUGCAGCGCAUACGCUGAAAACUCUCUCUGAACACAGAUGCGCAUUACCAAUGCUCUUGGAAGAUGAUACCAUUAUAGAAACUCUUUUAAAAAUGGUCACAAAUGAUCACAAAGGUAUUGUAAGCUCCCAUUUGCGGACAAUCGCAAAUCUCACCGAUUGGAAUCAAGAGAGGCCUUUGAAAGCAAACGCAUUCCAAAUAAUGCUGAAAUUAUUCGAAGAUGAAGAUCCGAAGAUUGUUUGCGGGGCAAUGGGGUGUAUGACGCAACUGUGCAAGCACGACGUUGGAAAGAAACUUGCCGAUGACAACGAUUUAACUUUCGUUCUGAGGCCGUUCCUGGUGUCGAACGAGGUGGAGGUCAGAAUAAGCGCAGUAACUCUGAUGCAGUACACGACUCACACGACCAGAUCAAAAUGGCGGGCGAAAGAAUGCUGCGAGGAGUUGACGAAGAAUUUAGUCAGUCUGUGUCAUGGUCAAGCGCGGCCGAUGAUGCAGCUGAGCGCUAUGCAGGUGCUGAUAAACCUGUGCGAUUGUCCGGACAUCAGGAGCCAUAUGAAAUGGCACUGGGAACGGCGCAUCAAGUCCAUACCGAUACGGACUCACGAAGACUGGGACGGAACAUCAGAGACAACCAGUUACGGCUUUGAAACUGGCCACAAUUACAGAACUAUGUGUAUAGAAAAGAUUGAGACUAUCAAAAACGAGUACGGCGACAAUCCCGAAGUGGUCAACGUUCACAGCUACCUUCGAAGACUUAAAGAGGUAAGGGAAAGGCUGCUGUACGCAAUCAACUGGAAAUCAUAUAAAGAUUGAGACAGACAUGAACAUUUUCUAAGUAUUUAUUCAUAAAUAAAACACUAAGUAAUCACAAGUAUAA